AUGGAACAACAUCUAGCAAACACGCAGCCAAAUGAGGCUUCUGAUAGCCAAACCGGCGGCGCUUCGCGAAGCCAGAGCUUCUCCUCCCAGAAGUCGGACGAUUCUCAUACAGCAGCGGAGUUUAUCAGGACCCAACUAGAGCUCGAGGCAGAAGCGCGCGAAGCAUUGCCAUACAGCAUCGAUACCUGUACAAAGCCUCUAGGCUCACUGCGACAAAUUCUGUUUGCUUGUUUGACAUGCAAUCCUGCUCCGCCCAAUGUAUCCGAUCCGUAUACUCCUGCCGGCAUCUGUUAUUCCUGCUCAAUACAAUGUCAUGGAGAGCACACUCUAGUGGAACUUUUCAAUAAACGAAACUUUACUUGUGAUUGCGGCACGACACGUCUACCCGCGACUUCACCUUGCAGCUUGCGCAUCAAUUCGGAAACAAACACAACGGGGGAGGUACAUUCAGAAGCUCCAGAACCAAGAAAUAAAUACAACCACAAUUUCAGAAAUCGUUUCUGCGGCUGCGGAUGCGAAUAUGAUGCUUAUAAAGAGAAGGGCACGAUGUUUCAAUGCUUGGGCUUAGGUGGUGCUGAUGAAGGUGGUUGUGGUGAGGAUUGGUGGCACCCUGGAUGCAUUGCAGGUCUAGGACCAUUUUGGUAUGAUACUAUGAGCAACAAAAAUGCCCCCAAGAAGUCGAAGCGAAGCAACGAGGGCCCCCUAGAACCUAUCACAGAAGUUGCGGAACUAGUCGCGGUAGAAUUAAAUAACGAUGGAUCUGGUGAUAAGGAAAGUGAGACCGAUGCGCGAAAAUCCGACGCAGUGGUCGAGGAAGACGAAGAGGAGGAUGAAGAUCCUCCUCUACCUCCAGGAUUUCCCGACGAAGACGAUUUCGAAGGGUUUAUUUGCUACAAAUGUGUUGAUGCGAAUCCAUGGAUCAAACGAUAUGCUGGUGCACAUGGUUUCCUCGCUCCUGUUUUCAGAAGAAGUGCAGCUCCUUCUCCAGAGACUGAGAUCCUGACGAAUUCUAUGAAUCUACUUACGCCACCUAUCCCCGAAUCUAAGAAGCGCAAAUCGGAAGAUGAUGAGAGUUCAAAUUGUUCUUCAGCUUCUAAACGAGUCAAGGGAGAUGAAGGAGAGAAGUCAGUCGAGACCAAAUUCGACAGCAAUGACAAUAGCACUCUUGCAGUAUGCAAAAUCAAGGCAUUACCAAAAGCACACGAUGGUCAGAUGUCCUUGUUUUUCAGAUCCGCAUUUCGAGAUCAACUAUGCCGUUGUUCAGACUGCUUCCCACAACUAUCGAAGCAUCCUCAGCUGCUCGAAGAGGAGGAAACUUACGAGCCUCCAGUAUCAGAAGAUGGAGAUGAAGGAGGGAGCACGGUCGGUAGCGGAAGCAUAUAUGAUCGUGCCGAGAGUGCUCUAAAGAAUGUUGACCGUGUCAGGGCAAUUGAGGGUGUAAUGGCGUACAAUCAUCUGAAGGACAAACUCAAGCCAUUUUUUCAGAAAUUCGCAGAAAGUGGUCAAGCUAUCAGUGCUGAGGAUAUCAAAGAACACUUUGCGAAGAUAAGAGGUGAUGAGCAGGCUAUCAAGGAUGCUGGCGAGGGAGCGAAGACAGAUGAUAAUAGGAAGGAGCAAAGCGGUUAUUAA